AUGAUGGGCAACCGCUUGGCGAGAAGCCUAGACGACUGUCAAGGGGUCAGGUCCAUCGAGAUGCAAGGUCACCCUAUCUUAGCCUCCAUAAUUCCGUGCUCAUACAUAAAAGAGUACCGACCUCCAACAGACAGGGAAAAGCCGGUUCAGGUGGAAUUCACGAUGUUUGUUCAGGACAUCAAUUCCAUCAACGCAGCCGAUAUGGACUUCAGAGUGGACCUCUUUCUCCACAUGUCUUGGGAGGACAGUCGCCUCAACCUUACCAGCCUCAAAUUCAUCACCGGGAGACAAGGAGAGGAUGACUACCUGCCGUUACCUGCCUACGUCAUCGACUUCAUCUGGGUUCCUGAUCCUUACGUCACGAAUUCCAAGGACGCAGCCAUCACGAAGCUGACGACCACCUAUGCCUCGGUGACUCUCUACAAGAAUCACACCAUCAGAUACUCUGCCCGUGUCUACAGCAUCAUCGGGUGUCAGAUGGAAUUUCAUGAGUAUCCGAUGGAUGUGCAGACGUGUUCGAUGAUCAUGCAGAGCUUCAUGUACUCUCCUGACGAAGUAGAGUUCUUCUGGCGGCCUUGGUCUCCCGUUCUCAUCAACAAGGACCUGAAGUUACUGCAGUUUUCCCUCACGAAACCCCUGAAGAAUUCGAUCAACCAGUCUACUUCGGAUGAGCUCGGGGGUGAAUUCCCUGGAAACCGGCCGGUGCGUCAGCUGAUCGUGGAGUUCCAAUUCUCACGCGAGAUCGGACACCACCUCGUCCAGACCUUCGUACCUUCGUUCCUCGUGGUGGCUUUGUCCUGGUUCAGCUUCUGGCUCGGUCUAGAGGCCAUCCCAGGUCGCGUGACCCUCUUGGUGACCUCGCUUCUCACGCUGACCACACUCUUCACGGGCAUUAAGGAGGGGUUGCCUCCUGUGGCGUACGUCAAGGCUAUCGACGUGUGGAUGGCCGGUUGCAUGGUGUUUGUCUUCGCUGCCUUAGGAGAAUUCGUUGUGGUUCGAGUCUUGAAUGUGAUGCACCAGCAGCAUAUAGUGCAUCCGACCAUCCCCGUCCAGCCCGCGCAGUCCAUGCUUCGCACUGCCACCGCCUCGCCGACUGACAAGCAUGAACAAACUGCCGAAUACCUACGUCGGUACGGUGUCUUAUCUCACAGCGACGCGGAGGGUAACGGCACUAAAACGGGACAGAACCACAAGAUUACUGAUCUCACGCACGGCGAAAACGGUGCCUCCCGCCGCCCCCCCACGCGCUCUGCCCUCCGCUCGGCGUGGGACCUCGAGCAGGGCGGCGUCCAGCCUCUCUCGGGCAAGCAGGUGAUGGGGCGCCUCAGCCUGCACUGGGUCGACGUCAAGACAGGAGAGAAGAAGAUCCUGUGGAAGGAAAUCGACAAGGCUUCUCGGAUCGUGUUUCCUCUGAUGUUCCUUUUGUUCAUGGUUAUUUACUUCCCCAUUCUCAUCUCGAGGUCCUUCUGA